AUGGAAUCCCCCGUUGUAACCUCUCAGCCUACUGGGGACUCUUCUUCUCUCAAGGGUCUCCUCUCUGCUGUGUCCUCCGCCCUAGACAAGCGCGCGGGCAAAGACAUUUUUGCCAUCGGAGGUAGCGUUGGCGACGAUGGUGGCCCCUCUCAUGCAGCCAGUAACUCUAUCACAAUCCGGUGGGAUAACAAGGAACAGGUACAUAGUCGAACUCUCAAGCUGCCCCUCGGCGAUGACACCGUCACUCAAGAUGCCUUCAACACCCUGGUGGCUGAUUGCCAACCAGCAACCUUCGGCGUCGGUAGCCAAGAGGUGCUUGACGAAGAGUACAGAAAGGCUGGUAAAAUGAAUACCGAAGACUUCUGUACUGACUUCAACCCCUAUGAACAUGGUAUUGUUGAUACCGUCAAUCAGGUCCUGGCCCAAGCCAGUGUUACUGAUGCCAGGGGUCUUGGUGUAAAGGCCGAGCUUUACAAGCUCAAUGUGUAUUCAGGACCUUCUGGCAAGUUCAAGCCUCAUGUUGAUACUCCACGAUCUGAUCGCCAGAUGGGCUCGCUCGUCGUGAGUCUUCCUAUCGAGCACAAAGGGGGCCAACUUGCGGUUAGACAUGGAGGUCGUGAGAUCGUCUUUGACUGGGCACCGAAAAGCGCCAACACCAUUCAGUGGGCGGCUUUCUUCUCUGACUGCGAGCAUGAAGUACUGCAAGUCACAGAAGGACAUCGUGUUACACUGACUUACAAUCUCUUUUGGAUCAACUAUGGUCCAGCUUCGAUGUCUGAUCAUCUUCGGGCUCUAGACCAGGAAUCUCUUCAUUUCUUCGAUGCCCUUGAGAAGUUACUUGAGAACAAGCAUAUUAUAAAAGAAGGUCUCGUUGGGUUCUCUUGCACUCACGCUUAUCCUCAUACUUCCAAGUCAUCCACCAAUAACUUGCACCACAUGCUCAAAGGCAUCGACAUGGUAGUCUACCAAGCCCUCAAGCGCAUUCUAGGCACAGCUGAAGUUGCCGCUCUAGUCGAUGACGAGAAAUACCGACAUUACGAGCAAGAGUCUAUACCAGAGAUGAUUGAAUGGAAAAAAGAUCACAGGCUGAAGUACAACCCACAUCUACCAGAGCCCAAGAUCACUCAAGCGGAGCAAGACGUCUUGGACGAUAAGCUAGCUAUCGGUACGGCGCCGAAACCUGCACUUGCUUUCAGGCACAGCUAUGAGGAGAGACUCGAUCCAGCGGAGGUUGGAUUGCAACACGAAUAUAGCCGUAAAACCCGCGGAAAGUUUUACCCUCGAAGAGAUGUUACAUGGUUGAACGGUCCGCCUGACUCGGAGGUUUCUAAGGAACUUGCUGUUGCUUUCGUCACUUACGGAAAUGAGCCUGGCAUUGGCGCCUACUAUACUUCGGCUGUCAUUGUCGCAAAAGUGAACACGUCCCCGCAGGCGGACGUAAGCACUCAGAGUGAAAGCGCGAGCGAUGCGACAGAGGAUUAG